CCCAGCAUCACUUCAAGUUGUUCCUCGCAGGAGUUUUCCUGUCUGACUUGAUAUUUGCUUCUACUGUCCACUGGAGAACCUUCACCAUGCACUCCUCCCUCAACCGCCUGCAGGCCGUCUUCGGCUUCUUCACCACAGUAGCCCUGUUCGUCGCGGGCUUCGCGGCGCUUUCUGUUCUGCUGUAUCCCGGGGAUGAUGCCACGGCGCAGGUUUCUCUGAAAGACGUGAAGGUCAUCAAAGGCAGACCCCAUUACUACUCCACUAAAAAGGAAGAAUACGCGCAAAUGCGCUUCGACCUCGACGCGGACCUCUCCCCCUUCUUCAACUGGAACACCAAACAGCUCUUCGUCUACGUCUACGCCUCCUACUCCUCCUCCGAUAACCCCUCCUCCACCUCCGCCCUCAACUCCGAGUCCAUCAUCUGGGAUACGAUCAUCGAGGCCCCAGCAUCGCCUUACUCUCUCUCCGCACUGAAAGAGCGCUUCCUCUCAUCCAAGUCUUCGAAGAAGUCGUCCAAGCGCACGAACACAGCAUCCAAGAAGAAGGCUGGCGCGGCCUCCACCGAACCAGGCGUCCUCCGUCUGCGCGGCCAGAAAUCGAAGUAUCAGCUUUCGGAUAUUACGGGCCGGCUGGCGGAGAGGAAGAAUGUUACGCUGAACGUGGGGUGGAAUGUGCAGCCUUGGGUGGGGGCGCUGUGGUGGAGUCCGCGCUCUGGGGCGGCGGUGCAGAGGACGCUGGGGGAGGCGGCGCAGAGUGAGCCGUUUGAUUUUCCGCCGCUGAAGACGAGGAAGGUGGAGGGUGCUGGGUCUAAGUAGGGGGUAUGAGUUAUCAUGAGUUUUUGAUUAGCAUUUAUUUUUUUGUUGAAUGCAUUGUGGACUCUUCGUUGACCUUUUCCUGCUUCUUUGAUUUGUAUUAACCCGAUGCAUUUCCUAUUCAGUCG